UCAUUUCCAGUGUUAAUUUUAUACAAAAAAGUUGUGCACGUGUCCUGCGGGUCCUGCGUCCGUGGAAAACGCUAAAAAUUUCGCGUAUUAAAACAUUGUGAAUUUUCGCAACGAUGAAUAUUUCCGAAAAAGCGGACAAUUUGGAAACAAAUCAAUUCCGCGAAAAGGGAGCCCCGAUGGAGUCGGAUACCGAAGAUCAGGUGUCCACUGCCGGCGAGUCGUUGUCGGACGACUUUGAUCCGGAUGAGCGCGACACCAGUGUAGACAUUUUAAUUGAUGUGCGUCGUUUGUACGUUCUGGAUAAGGCUGCGGUUUUGUCGGAAAUCAUGAGGGUACGUAUACGGGAGCUUCGGUUGCAAAACCAGCUGGAAAUCUAUCAGGGUGCGUUGGAGGAAACUGGUGCGGAAAGAAACCGGCUGCAGCUGGAACUGUCGCAAUGUGAACGGAUGGUAACCAUUAUGCAACAAUUAACUGCUGAUCACUCCAACAUGGCAGAAGGGUUCACAAAAAACUACAAUCGGGCUGUCGACGUAUUGGGUCAAUCCGAUCUUAAGAGGAUUCAAUUGAUGAAAGAUUGUCGCCAGACAAAGGCACAAUGUUUGGAAUUCAUCAAGCAAUUCGAGGAAAUGAAGAGUAGUUAUGAAGAGGAAAGUCUCCGCUCUGAAGAAGAAUCCAAGCACAACGAAGAGCUACAGGCCCAAGUCAAUGAAUUGGUUAACAAAAAUAACGAACUUCGUCAGCUGUUGUCUGAUGCAGAAAAUGCUCAACAAAUAACCUCCACUUCGUAUUCCAUAAAGUUGGAAACAAUGGAGAUUGAAAUGAACAAGCUUCAACAAGAUCUCGAACAAGCUCGUUCUCGCAUAACCCAUGAGCUUCAGUCUAAUGAAGCGCUGAAAGCUAACGCAGACAUGUUGCUUGUCGAGAAAACUCAAAUUUCCUCGGAACUAACUAGUCUCGAGAAUAAGAUGGUUGACUUCGAAAAAACCAUGGACCUUAAACUGCAAGAAGUGCAGCAGACUUGGCAAACGCGGUACAAUGAAGAUAUUCAAAAAUCGGAAUCGGAUUGUGCUGCCCUAAAGCAAGCCAUCACUGCGCUCCAAACAGAAACAUUAUCAAUGACAGAAACUAUUGAGAAAAACCGCGAAGAGUUAAACAAUUGUUCCAAUAAGCUAGAAACAGAGAAGUCGCGAUCGAACGAUCUUGAGUCUAAACUUUCAGGAAUGCAAGCUGUUCUGGAAGAUCGCAACAAUGAAAUUUAUGCUCUACACGCCAAGCUCAACGGUGAACAAAAGCGCCUUGAAGAUCAACGGAAAGAGCUUCAAGUUAAAGUUGAAGGUAUGGAAAAGGAAGCUGAGCAGUUGAAAAAAGAUCUCGAGGAAAAGGACACAAGAAUAAAACAGCUUGAAAGUGAUUCACAAGAAAACGUUUCAAAGGCGCAGAAGGAAUUGGACCAGAAAAACGCUCUCUAUGAGGAAAACUUGAAUUCACUGACUAAUGCUCAAAAGCAAAUCGAAAAUCUCGAAACCACCGUCACCGGCUUGAACGUUAAAAUUGCUGACCUGGAGCAGCAGUUGAACAGUAAGAUUGAAAACGAAGCCCUGAUCGCGGACGCUCCUUUGACGGUGCAGCUUACGUCGACGCCCAUGCGACCUAUUACGGUUGAUAGCAGCCCAAGUUUGGCUUCACCGAAAAACAAUCACGCCGCCAAAGAUGUCGAGUCCAGCUCCAAUUACAGUACCUUCCAAAGCAGCGUACUACGCAAGCGAGAGUCGAAAACAUUCUUCCCACGAUCGAAAGCGGAUAGUUCCAAACGACAACCGAUCGUAUUCCAAUCUCUCCGUCGUUUUACUCAAAACGAGGACCUCAAUUUCAGCAAUGCGAGCACUAUCAAUUUGGACGAAGAGUUGCUGGACACCGGUGGUUCCAGUGAAUCUUCAGUACCCCGUGUAAAACCGUUUUUCCGUCGAGACAAGCAGUAAUUUGUAGAAUUUAAGAUAUUUGUACGAUUGUUUUUGACAGAUGACCAAAGGUUAUACGAACCUUUGAGUAAUUAGUGUAAAUCUUAAUAUUGUUGUAUUGUUUCAUUAUUUCUACAUUGCACUGGUGUUAACAAAUGUAGAUUACAUCCAGAAAGAGAGAGGAGUAGACUAUUUGCCAAUAAUUGAGUGUGUAACACGUCAAACUCCAUUUAGUUCCAAAUAA